AUGGAUAAGCAGGUGGUACUGCGGCCCUCUAUUCAUCAAUCUGAUUCGCUCUGCUUCCUGCCAUCCUAUCUCACCUUGUCGUCAACGAGAGCGAGGACAGAGGCUGUGCACUUCAUAGAAUCCCUCCCCGAUGGUAUGAGUACGGUUACUCACCCUCGAUACGCCUUUGCACAUCUCGUCUUCCUUACUCUUUGGAUCCUACUCUUGAAAGAUACCUUCCGCUCUUCAAAUCAAUUCUCAACUAUGCCUCAACCCCGAUUUCAAGGAGUUGGACGGGGACGAACUCUUGACUCCAACAAGACAACUAAAGCGCUCAUUCCACGAUUUAACUUCCGCCGAAUCACUUCACCUAUCCUGCUGUCCAUUUCGAAGCCUUCGUCCAACAGGCGAGGAUAUGAAUCAUCUCAACUAUUGGCAGACGUAUUUGAAGAAAUCAUGGCGGAAUGUGAGCCAGAUUUGCCUCAAUAUGCCGACAGCUUAGACAGUUCUGUCAUCUCGGAUAGCUUAACAGCAGAAUCUGGCGCUGUUGCCACUGUGCAUAAUGUGGCAAGUCCAGAUACCAGAGCGCAGGGCUCAGGUGACAAGCCUUCUCAUGUCUCUAAGAACGUGGGACUUCUCUUUGAUGGGUUCUAG